UGUCUCGUGAACUCUCGCGAUUUCGUGUUCAGAGGGUAUGAGGAAUGAGGAUUGUGUAUAUAUAGGGGUGACCGAGGAAGAAAGCAUUGCAGUUCGCUGGCGAGCGUUGUUAGCGAGGAAAAGACACAAAAAUGUUGGGCCUCUUAGCACUCGGUGCUCUGAUAGCUGUUGCUUCGGCACAAUUCCAGCCUCAACCAUCCGCGUCGAGAGUGUUGGAACCACCGAUCCCGGCUGCUUGUGCACAAAGAACCAUACACGAGCGUUUCAACGGCAAAGGCUACUAUUACUCGUGGGCAGAUCCACGAACUAGUGGCCAGGAAAUUGAUUGGCUAUCGGCGAGAAAUUUCUGCAGACAGAGAUGUAUGGAUCUCGUCUCGCUCGAGACUUCCUCCGAGAAUGAAUUCAUAAAGAGCCGAAUCGUGCAAAACAAAGUCAAGUACAUUUGGACUUCGGGACGUUUGUGUGACUUCAAGGGCUGUGACAGACCCGAUCUCCAACCGCUCAAAGUCAAUGGUUGGUUCUGGACAGCGGAGCUUCAAAAAUUGGCCCCUACUGUGGACCGUGGACAGAACGAUUGGUCGGAAAGUGGAGGUAUUGGCAAACCUCAACCUGACAAUCGCGAAGCUAUUCAAGGAGGAGCACCCGAAAAUUGUCUCGCUGUUCUCAACCAGUUUUACAAUGACGGUGUUAAUUGGCACGACGUUGCCUGCCACCACAAGAAACCCUGGGUUUGCGAGGAGAACGAUGCUCUCUUAAAAUACGUUCGUUUCUCCAACCCUAAUCUCCGUGUUUAAGAACCAACAAAGAGAAAAAGGAAAAGUGAAAAAAUUCUAUUAAAUUUUCAUCAAAUUUCUCUUUUUCUAAUCCAAAAUCAAAUUUGCCACGUUUGUUGCGAAUAUAUAUAGAUAUAUGUAUGUUAUAUUUUUUAAUGCUCAAAAGACAUAAUUAAGUUUAAGCGACUGAGUAGCACGUAUAAUUGAGCGAAAAUGGUAAUUUAUUGCAGACUUUAACUCUGUUCAGCUUUUACGUUUCGUUUGGUUCUUUUUAUCUCGUGCAUCUCUACACAAUCUUAAAACUUGUGAAUUGUUUCUAUUUCUAGAAUUUGUUCUCUCAACAAAUGUUCCAAAACGUAAAUAAAUGUAUGCAUGUGCGUUGAUACUUCAGAUAACAAUAUUUAUGAUCAUUGUUUAGCCACAAUUAUUUUAUUAACCUAUACUUGUACGUUGAAAUAAAAUACAGACUUUGUGUCUUCUU